ACCAUCAAGCUCCGAACUGCAACGAACCGUUCUCUACCCGCCCGCCCGCCAUCCAUUGACGCAUCCGCAUCUCAUAUACUCCCUGCGCUUUUCCCCUCGGAACGGAUCACACACCUUUCACUACCGCAAAGAUGGUUGCCAUGUACACGAUUUUCGGCCGCCAGGUCGGAUCGCACGUUCUUGCGAUUGCCACGCUCGCCACCACAUUCACUGGUGCUGCGCUCUCGAUGGGCGGAAAGAAGGCCGAGGACCCGACUACGCCUCCUAUCAAUGCCAAGAGCAGCGAGGAGGAGAACUUUGUCAAGGAGUACGUCAAGAAAGCCGCAGACAAGGUCCAAGGAAAGCAAUAAGCGCACCGUUCGACCGCGAGAGAGAUAUAGCAAUGGUAUAACCCCGUUGUGCGGUGGACAUAUACCUACCUAGCAUACCACGGUUUCGAAGUGGGAAGGGGGGGGGAUGUUUUUCUUUUCUUCUGUACCGUUAGACGGAGCAAAGAAAGGAAAGGUUGUGUAGAUAAAAGAAUGAAGCCGAUUUGGGGAUCGAAAUGACC